AUGCAUCGGCCUGAUAACUCGUCGUCUAGGACGCAAGCGUCACCAUCGAGAUCGAACACUAGAAGUGACCCCAAUAUGAGACGAGCAACUAGUCAGUCGCCAAGUGUAAGGCACAUAUCACAGAGAAAAGUAAACACCCUGGAGAGAAAACCACUUUUAGAUAGAGCAAAUUCGGAUAUGGUGGACUACCAGGCUGCGGGAAACAUACAACCGGGUAGGAACUUGCGUCUGUCGGAUAUAUACCGGGAUGAUGUGGAUUCUAUUGUAUAUAAUAAUGCUGUUUCUGAUGCAAGCUGCAAUGAAGGUCAUAAGAGGCCAUCGUUGACCCAAGCUGUAACAAAUGAGGAUAUGCAGAGUACAAGAAGUGAAUACUUGAUGGGAAUGAAUCUUAAUCGAGAGGAUUUGAGUUGGAAGGUGAUUUUGCCAUAUUAUCUACCAUUUUUGUCGUGGAUCCAUCAUUAUUGUCCGUCUUUCUUCGUGGGGGAUUUGGUAGCUGGUCUUUCGUUGGUAUUCUUUCAGUUGCCGUUGUCGCUUUCAUAUGCGACUUCAUUGGCCCAUGUCCCCGUUAUAUGCGGAUUAUAUUCGCUUGCAAUAUCGCCGUUGGUGUACAUGGUGUUUGGAAGCGUGCCGCAAAUGAUCGUGGGUCCCGAGGCAGCUAUUCUGUUAAUUGUGGGACAAGCAGUAGAACCAUUAUUGCAUCAUUAUAAGAAAAAGCAUUCAGAAAAAUUAGACCCUGUUGAAUUAGUCGUUGCCAUUACAUUCAUUAGUGGUGCCAGUCUUCUAGGGUUUGGGUUAGGUAGAUUCGGAUUUUUGGACAAUGUUUUGAGUGCCUCCUUACUAAAGGGGUUUAUCAGUGGAGUUGGUAUUGUUAUGGCAAUUAACUCGACGAUUGUUAUGUUGGGGUUAACAGAACUAUUACAAGAAAUCACCGAGGACCCAGCCAAGAUGGAUAUUCACUCCCCAUUUGAUAAAAUGCGGUUCUUAUUUCAGCAUUAUAAGCAGUUUCACUCUUUAACCUUCAAGAUUAGUAUUAUAGCAUUUGUUGUGAUCUUGUUGUGCCGUGUAUUCAAAAACUUUACGUCAAAGAAAAAUUCAAACCUCCUGAAGAAAUGUGUAUACCUUCCAGAGAUUUUAUUUGUUGUAAUUGUGUCGACAAGUUUGUGUGCUGUGAAUCGGUGGGAUGAAAAAGGCAUAGAAAUUAUAGGAAAAGUUACUGACGUUUCUUCAUCUCAAAUCUUGCAUAAUCCUGUUGCGGUCGAAAGGUUGUAUCUUAUCAAAAAACUUAGUACUCCGGGCUUUCUCUGUGCCAUGCUAGGAUUCUUCGAAUCAACUACUGCACUGAAAUCAUUGGGAUCGAGAUACGAUUUACCUAUCUCCUCUAAUAGAGAAUUGGUGGCCUUAGGUGCGAUGAAUAUAUUGGUAUCGAUAUUUGGAGGUUUGCCAGCGUUUGGCGGUUAUGGACGAUCAAAGAUUAACGCAAUUUCCGCUAAAACCACUAUGCUGGGUGCUAUUAUGGGUCUCUGUACCAUAUUUACAAUUUCAUAUCUCCUAGAUGCAUUGUAUUAUGUUCCAAAAUGUAUUUUGAGUGCUAUAACGGCAGUAAUUGGUAUUCUGUUAAUAGAUGAAGCACCUCAUGAAUUGUGGUUUCAUUGGAAAAGUAAAGGCUACAAUGAGUUGAUUACAUUUUUCAUCACUGUAAUGACCACGUUAUUCUUUUCGAUGGAAGCAGGUAUAGCUGUUGGAUUAAUAUAUCUGUUGAUUAGAGUGAUAAAGCAUUCGGCCCUGUCCAGAAUUCAAAUCCUUGGCCGAAUUUCUGGAUCUGAUACUUUUGUGAAUGCUGAUGUAUCACAUAUAGCACCAAAUACUGGCCUACCAUACGAUGAUAUUAAACACCCUCACCAUCCAUUGAAUAUAUUUACCGAUGAUAAUUUUACUCAUUUAAAUUUAAAGGUGAUAGAGGAAAUCGAAGGAUGUCUUAUAGUGAAAAUCCCUGAACCCUUGACGUUUACAAAUACCAGUGAUUUAAGAGGCCGCCUCAAACGUGUUGAGAUGUAUGGCUCAACUAAAGCUCACCCAGCGCAGAGAAGGACAAGAGAUGUUACCAUGACAAAAUAUGUUAUAUUCGACCUUAAAGGCAUGACAGGACUUGAUUCAUCGGCGGCUCAGAUUUUAAAAGAGUUAAUCAAGCGUUAUACAAACAGAAAUAUUUAUUCAUUUUUCGUCAGGGUCAAUGACGAAGAGAAAUUAAGACACAGACUCGAGAAUACCGGUAUUACUAAGUUAUUGGCUGAGGUUUUGGAGUCAAUUAAAUAUAAUGAUGGCCAGAAUAUCUUAAUGUUCAAUAAAAUUAAGGACAGAAAGGUUUUCAGUCUUCAGCGUGAAAACUCCGAUAUAUCGCAACCUGAUAUGGAUCAACAUAUGGAAAUUUAUAACCUUACUGAAAAUUCACAUACUCCAUACUUUAGGCAUAUAAGUGACGUUUUGAAAGUAAUCGAUUACUACGAAAUUAACAACCAGUUAGAAUCAAGAAACGAAUUCUUGGAUGUUGACCAGACUGAGAGAAGAUCAAGUUUACCGUCCAUCGAUAUUGCUUGA